GAUGAUAGACAAUGUUGAAGGAAAUCUGGAUCACACGUCAUGGAUUUCGUGAAGAUUGGGUCAAUCCUACCACGGUUUAUCCAACAGGCCUGACUCAUGACUCACCGUUAUCGGCGGAAGGAUUACAACAAGCUGAAGAGUUGGGAUUAUUUUUGAAGGAUAAGUCCAUCGACCGUAUCUAUUCAUCACCAUUUUAUCGAGUAGUGCAAACCAUUGCUCCUUUGGCCAAAACGACCGGUGUACCUGUGUAUCUUGACCAUUGUAUGGCAGAAUGGUAUGGAGAAGCCAGUCCUCAAUAUCUACCACCAACCAACCUAGAUCAUCUUCAAUCCUUCUUUCCCGAGGUGGCGAUUCAGUCUUCGUAUAACAGUAGUAUUGAACUUCCUGAAGGUCCUGAAACCGUGAUUCAAUGUCAUCAACGUACACAACAAGGCUUGACAAGAUUAAUUCAACAGUUGGAUCAACAGCAAGACGUAUCGACCAUUUUAUUGGCAGGACAUGCCGCCACCGUGAUCACCGCCGUACGUGCUUUGGUAGGGGAUCCUAACGUUUGGGUGAAAUCUGGUACCUGUAGUUUGGCCAAAUUGGUUCGUACUUCUCCUCAAUCCUGGGAAUGGGUCCUCAAUGGUGAUUGUACUCAUUUGUCCAAUGGUGAACAACGUGCUUGGAUGUUCAAGGGUGAUACUCCUGAUUAUAAAAUCAAUUGAAAUAAUAAUAAAUAUCUCUAUUUUUUGUACUAUUUUAUACUUUAUUUAUUAUUAUUUGUUUGGGUGAUGGAUAUUUAGCUGCUGCUGUUGUUGUCUAUGAUGAAUACAAUAACUAGGGGAGCUGGAUUUGACAAUAGUGUUGAUGUCAAUGACUAAUUCAAAUUGAUGAACGAUAUAUAUAUAUAUAAAAUAAUGAUGCACUUACAUAUAA